GCUGCCUCUCAGUGAACCUUCCCUGAAUAAAUAAAGGUUAAAAAAAAUGUAUAAUGUCUGUCCAAAGAGUCUUGCUCAAAAGUGUGCCAAGUAACAGUGUAAAAAUAAGAAACCGUUUUUACAUCAGCAAUGACCGAUGGAACUUACUUAGACAAAAACAAUCUGUACUGCACAGUACAGCAGCACUUUAAGGCAAUCUCCCAUCCAACCCUCCCACCCGACUCGACUCCAGCUUCCUUCCUCAUUAGGCCCUGCCCACUGAUUCUAGGAUUACUGCCAUCCCCUGUUGCAAUUGACGGAAAAGAAAAGAACAAAAAGCAAAUCAAGGUGACUGUACCACGUUUUGUUUUCGUCAAAUGUCAGCUGGAUCAGCACAAUGUACAUCUCUUUGUUUCUUCUCUUCCUCCUUAUAGGUUCAACUUCUACCAAAGGAUCAGGGAAUUUCGGCAUUUUUACAGCUUGCAUCGAUAACAACAACCUCAGGUUGGAAUGCUAUUAUCCAGGAUGUCAAGACUCUCCACCAUACACCUGUGUAUUUAUGACAUCAAACGGGUCCCUGCCAGCUAACCCAUCCAAGCUGUGCAAGCUUUGUCUCCUAAACCAUCCUGUGCUAUACGCCAAUAAAACCAUGAACUACAGCUGCAUACUGACGCGAAGAAACAGGCGAGAAGAGAAGCAAAUUACCAUAGACUACAGCAUACUUAAGGGAAACCAGGGACACAUCUCACCCUGUUCUGGCACCACAGGCUACCUGCUACAUCGAUCUCCACCCUUACUGUGGCCUGUGGUGAUUCUGUCUCUGUGGAGGGUCCUCGGUAGCCAGACAACAUGAGGGAUUAGUUGUGGAAGCUUUGACUAACCUAAAUGUAUUCAUUUUCUUUGAUGAACUAAAUAAAUCUAUAUCCAGAUUUCUAUGGAAAGGCAAAUCCUCUAGAGUUAACCUUUAAACCCUUCGGGCCUCAAAGCCAAAGGAUGAUUUAAUCUUCUCAAUUUUAAAUGUUAUUACCUUGCAGUUUAAUUGCGUUCAGUAUGUGCUGAUUGCACUCUGAGGACAACGAGGCAAGACAUCACUUAAAGGGUGUUUCCAUAAAAGCACUUCCUUUUCCUAGUCACUAUGAACUAUUACCAAGAAUCCUAUUAUUUUAAACUCCUUCCUGCAUGGCAAAAUGCCCACACUAUCAUAUGGAAUAACCCCAACAUCCUAUUGCAGAUGGAACAGUAAAAAACUGGGUUUAAUAGCAGCAUAGAAACAGUUGAAGAUUUACACGUCCAAGAUAACUUCCCAAAUGUUUGACAAUUAACUGAAAAUUUAGGCUACCAAAUCAUAAUUUAUUUAAAUUUUCAAAUUAGACAUUGGGUCCGCAAUUUCUAAUAUUCGAAACAGCAACUUCCCAAUCUAUGAUAAUCAAGAUCUUCAAUGCAUUUACAAUGAUGAUGAUUAGUGUAAUAUCCUCGAAAAAACUGAAACUUCAUCUGACCCUAUAGGGUCUGGAUAUAUAUUGGGAGACAUACAAGGACCUAAAGUGAGCCGUAGUAAAAAAAAAAUACUAUUACCGCAUGUAUGCGUGCACAGCUGGGAAAAAGUUUAUUCUAGCCUACAAAACUGUAAAUCUGAAAGUUCUCCAUCGAAUUGGUAAUAGUUAAAUUUACAUCUUAUAGUACACCUGAAAAGAUAUGUCCUUUCAUCUUUUUGCCCUUACUAUCAUCAUUACACCUCCCUGGCUAGUGAAGUAGUAUGCAAAUGUCUCUACUCAAUGCUGUAAUAUGUUGUAUUUAUCUUUUCAAAGAGAACUAUUUGCAUAGUUUACUGUUAGGGCAACAGGACCUGUAAGGUAUCAGACAGACACUUUUGACAAUAUAACACUAUUGACAACGUAAAAUUCAAGAUAUAGCAACAUUAAAUGCAACUUAUGAUGAAUCUCAAAAGAAGCAUUACAACGUGUUUGUAACCCCAAAUUCAAUACAUUCACAUAAAACAAUGUGUGGGGUGCACCCGUGGCUUAGGAGUUAAGACGGCGACCACGAACCACAACGUCUCCUGUUCGAGUUGAGGCCGGGGAACUUUGUUGUGUCUUUCUCUCUCUCAUUUGCUGUUGUGUCUCUAUUUAACA